AAUCUCAUACUACCACUCGCUACGUGUACAACCUUCUCAUGCUUCGUAAGAGUAAGCUACUCAUCCCGGGCGUUUUAAUCAUGUCACGUGUUAAUUAACUCGAUCUCAAUGAGAAAUGAGUUAGUGACACUGAAAAUCGUCCCAGUUGUAUCCUCAAAGUGACAACAAUCGGUGGUCAAUAUGACUUUGUAGUUGUGACAUUAGCGCUUGAUUUAUUCCGUUGUCUCGCAAAAUGGCGUUUGUGGUUGAUACUGAAGUUGCUUGUGCAAAAAUACAAAGCUCCGAUGAAGAUGAAAGUGAAAAACUUUCAUGGCGCUGCUGGUUUCGAACACUAUUUGCUGCAAGUGGGCCGCUGAUGGUGUUUUUGUAUACUGGAGUAGCCGAGGCCCAUUCUGCUGUGCUACUGCACCAGUUGAAGAAGGAGGACAGUCAAAUACCCGUCACCACGGACGAGGCCACGUGGAUUGCAAGUCUCGGAAUUUUGUUGGCGCCUAUAUCCGCUUUGCUUGCUGGACCAGUCCUCGAUGCAUUUGGAAGAAAAAAAGGGCUCCUCAGCUUUUUUCUGAGCAUGGGUCUUGGUUUUUGCGUUGUUGCUUUCGCAGAGGAGGUCUACCACAUUUACAUAGGACGGUGCAUCUGUGCAAUCGCUAUAGGUUUGGAAGUGACGUCAGUUGUAUACCUCGCAGAGAUCUGCACAAAACGGCAAAGAAGCUGCUUCCUCUCGCUGACGGCGCCUUUCUUCUCGCUCGGUGUAGCUCUCGUCUACCUCGUGGGCGGCUACCUGCCGUGGCAGAUGGCAGCCACCAUCUUCAGCUUGAGCAGCUUCGGUUUCUUCGUCAUCCAGUGCUUCGCGCCCGAGUCCCCCGCGUGGCUCUUCAAAACAGGCCAAAUCGAGGCCUCCACUAAGAGUCUGCGAAGAUUAGGCCGCUCCCACGAGAACAUCCUCCACGAGCUCGACCUCCUGACCCUCUCAACGAGGACCCGAAGCGGAAAAUUCCACCUCAGAGCGUUCCUGGAGCCAACGGUCUGGAAACCGUUUCUAAUCCUAUCCAUAUUCCACUUCAUAACCAACGCUGCCGGGGUAUUCGACGUCUUGUACUACACCGUCGACUUCGUCAAAGCCUUCGGGCUGACGGUCGACCCGUUGAUAUUCACCGUCCUCUUGGCCGUGGCGAGAUUCACGACCAACUGUACGUUGGGCGCCUAUUUCUUGGUCUCGGUCCCACGAAAAUUCACCACGGCCUUCUCUGGCUUCAUAAUGGCCGCUUCACUCCUCGGAUCGACGGUUUACGAGUACGCGUAUCGCGGGUUGGCGGAAAAGCCCCUCCAGUGGAUACCCGUGACGCUCACGGUGAUUGCUAUCGUGGCCAGUGCGAUGGGUAUGAAUUUCCUCCCAUGGAUCAUGCCUGGUGAAAUGUUCCCUCUUCAAGUUAGGGGUGCCAUGACGGGAGCUUCCUUCUUAGUUGGGACCUUCUGCACCUUUGUCAGUCUCAAAAUUUAUGGGUUCUACGUCGAAACGUUCUGUAUUUGGGGUCUGUUGCUGCGGUUUGCAUUAUUUGCCUUCGCAGGAGCGUUAUUCGGGAUAUUGGUCCUGCCAGAGACUCAGAAUAAGACAUUGUACGAGAUAGAGCAGGGUUUUGUUGCCGGGAACAAGAAAAUCCCUGAGGCUCCUGAGCAAUAAAUUGCAACGAGUCCAUGAGGGAAGGAUAAGCGUUUGAGAGAAUUAUGAACAUAAUAGCGUCAAUACUGAGGAUGAUUGAUGAACAUUGUCCCAAAAACACAUUGCUGCCGUUAUGGGGUGAACUUGAGACAGUGUGGACUGCAUUGAGCGAUAGCAGACUACCGUUUCUGACUCACACUUAAAACCACCUAUCUAAAUAGGAAAACUGUUGGCACAUACGUCGCUUAUCCAAAAAAGAGUCAAGAGUAUUAAAUUAAUUUUAGUCGUGAAAGUUAAUUCGAUUUUUCUGCGUGACUCCGUUUGUCUAGCCCGAGAAAAAAGGCAAAUGUGUAAGGAUAUCGAAAUGUUUUACAUUUUCCAAGUAUUGUUCAAAUCCUUGAUUAUUUAUUAGCUUCGGAGAAAUAUGCUAGUCCUUGAAAUGCUAGCAUAGCUUUGGCAAUUGCACUGAUUACCAGAAUAGAUUGACCUUAAACUACGGCUCAGCUAAAAAUCCAAAAUAUAUUUCCACAUUGAGGCAUUAUUGAUACAAUUUUUUUCAGGUCAAAAACUCUUUUUUACUUUUGAAAUCUUGAAUGAUUGCGCAGUUGAGGGAAGUAUAGGAGGUUUCAUCGCAAAAACUGCCUAUCUGCUGUUAAUUUUGUACACACAAUUAAGGAAAAAAUAAAAUUUGUGAAACUCCUGGAGAUACGUUUGAUAAAAUACAGGAGUCAAAGAAGGGUCGAGAAACGUGAAAAAUCAUAUGUGAGUAGUGAGUUGGACUUUUCAGUUCAGUUGUAGUGUAGGGUCACUCUUUAUGGGUUAUAGGACAUUUCGUCAACGAUUUUUUGUCCGCUGCGAUAGUUUACGUCCAGGAGUUUUUAUGGCAGGGGAGUUUUGGUCCACGUACCAAUUGAGAUCCAAAGUUAAUCGGUCCAAACGACAAUUGCUCAUAAUGUCAUGGAAGAAUGAAGGUUUGCUUGUUUUUUUUGUUUCUUUGGUCCAACAAAGGGAAAUAUAUAAUUGAUAAUUUUGGUAAACAUGGGGGAGCGUCAAUUUCAUGAGGGGAAAUUCACUAAAACUCUCUACACAUCUUUGAUGCAACACGACUUAAUUGUCUUUCAAGAAAAUCCCAUCUUGUUAUACCUAAACCAAAUAAACCUUUUGAUUUGCCUCAGCUGAAGGCUCUUAAAUGUA